UUUCAACGCAACAGCAACUUCCUACUAGAUCCGCAGAUCCUUUGUAUGCGAGUACAGUUCGGAAUUAAGUAGUAACACGCGCUCGACCGUGAUGGAUGCGUUUUUUUUGCUUUUUCCGAUGCUCCACGUGAUCGAUGCAUCCUACACCUUACUCAUUUAGUUCAAAAUCGUCAAUACGUGGUCGAAGCAAUAGAAAGAUACACGCCCCCACAUCAUUCUCCGAGGCGCCCCCACGGGCAUGCGCGACCUCCAACAUCGUGCACGUCCGACGGCGCGCGACGCCCACACCCCUCCGCGUCGGUCGAGUCCACCGAUGCACCCGCACCAAACAAACGCUUGCAUGCAGAACGUCUUCCCGCCGCACCCUACACGACCCGUGCGCGUGUCGCCCACGUCUGACGUACACGCACGUAGCAGCUGUCCAGGCCCGCUCCGUCCGCGCGAUACUUCUCCCUCGAGGAUAAUUCGUAUGUGCGGGAGAGCUGCUUAUGUAGCGUGCGGGCUCACGAGCGGGUGGUAUCGGGUGACGACAAGAGCUUUGUGUGCGCGGGCUGGUGCGAAAGGGGAUUGGCUAAGGCACCCGUGGCCGCUCGCGUCGGGGACGCUGAGUAUGAACAGUUGGAACAGUUGGAUCACUUGAUGUGUGUGUAUGCGCCAAACGAUCGAUCGAUACCUUCGGGAUGGCGCAGAGCGGGCCGCCAGCCCGCGCUCUUUGAUCCA